AUGCCGCUCAUUGCCAUGGUGAAUGGCGGGCUUUUGACUCCGGGAGCGAAAUUCGCGGGCGGGCUGCUGCUGGCCAUGCUGCUGACUCAGCCCAAGCGGCCUCGCUGGAGCCAGUUCACAGGCUACAUCUGCGGCCUCUUCUACUGCGGCUUCCUGCCCAGCUUCUGGGUCACGCUGCGGUGUGGCCUGGCGACUACAGCCACGACGACUUCGCCAGUGGCUCGGGUGUGGCCCGCUUUGCUGGGAGGGCCGGCGCUGUGGACCACAGGGCUGGUGGCAAUCUUCAUGGGGUUUGCGGGGGUCAUUGCUGCCGACACGGGGGCGUACUUGGGCGGCAAGACCUUUGGCAAGACGCCUCUCAGUGAGCUGAGUCCCAAGAAGACGGUUGAAGGGGCCCUGUUCGGGCUGGCCUCUUCAGUCUCUGUCUCCGUCCUCCUCUCUCGUGCCUUCAGCUGGCCAGCCACACCUAUCAGUGCGGCGGUGCUCGGUGUGAUUGUCUUCGCUUCGUCUCUCUUUGGUGACUUGUUCGAGUCGGCUCUCAAGCGUCAGGCUGGAGUGAAAGAUGCUGGCUCUCUCAUUCCGGGACAUGAGGCCAGUCAGGGAAGUCCACGUCACGAGAUUGAGAUCUCCGAUUCAGAGACGGAGCCGCUGACGGGUCCGCGAACCGCCGGCGACGCCAGCGACCGAAUAUGCGACAGCAGGGAUCGUCCACCUCUCUCGCAAGCGCGGCGAGAAGUCAGGCGACACGACUACGUUCCUGCUCACAUCAACAGAGACAGCGGAGCCGCGAGGCUGGGAGGGAGGUCCGGCGAGAGGAUCGGCGAAAAGUUCGGCGAGGAGGGCGGGUUGUUGGAGACGCUGGGGCAGGAGAUAGUGGCGAUCGUGACGCCCGUGUCCAUCUGCAUGCUGCUCGUCGUCGCGCUCGUGCUCGCGCUCACCCCACACGGCGCCUCUGCCACUGCUCCCACCAUUGCGACGCUCGUCUACCAAGAAGAGAGCACGGACGCGCCCUGGCAGCGGCUAUGGGGCGCGCUGUUAAACGCGGCGGCGAUGGUGGCGCUGGUGACGGCAGCCACGUUCGUGCUGGUGGGGCUGUUCUACUGCGGCUGUGCGCGCUGCAUCUGGGGCUACAUGGGCUUCUCGGGCUUUGUCAUUUUUGCUGGACUGGGCGGCACCCUGGCAGUGCAACUCAUUCAGCGCUUCUCCAUCCCGAUAGACAUCAUCACCUUCACUCUCCUCCUCUACAACCUCUCAGUGGUGGGCGUGCUCGCAGUCUUCUUCUGCCGCAUGCCCAUCUUCCUCACCCAAUCCUACCUCGUCGCCGUCGGCGCCAUCGUCGCCUUCUGGUUCUCCAGCCUGCCCGAGUGGACCACGUGGAUGGUGCUCAUCGCCAUGUCACUCUACGACCUUUACGCUGUUCUCACGCCGGUGGGUCCCCUCAAGCUGCUACUAGACAUAGCCAUGGAGCGGGACGAGGACAUCCCAGCACUCAUCUACGAAGCCAGGCCCCCACCCAUGCCCAUCGCCCCUCCCCCUCCUCUCCGUCCUCCUUCCCGCCUUCUCACUCCCACUCGCCCUGUCCCCUCGGGUCACUCGCUCCACUCCGGUCCCUCGCUCCCACUCCCCCCUCAUUCUCAUGCCACCAUGCCGACUCGCCCUGGCCAUCCCCCACUCUCCUCCCUCUCCACCUCCUCCUCAUCGUCCUCCUUCCCGCCCUCUCUGUCACCUUCCACCGCAUCCAACCCCUCUCCAUCCGGCACCGCAUUUCGGCCUACAAACAGCACAGCUGGUAGCACUCCCGUCCCUAACACCGCUCUUGGACAUGUGACGGACAGAGGAGGGGGAAGUGGGGGGGAUGGGAUGAUGGGUGGUGUGGUGGGGAGCGGUGCUGGUGGGUCAAGGAGAACGCGUGUGCGAGGCCAAUUCGAGCGGCGGUUGCAGCAGCAGAGCAGCAUUGCUGAUGGUGCAAUCGGUGCUGCUACUGGUGCUGCUAGUGGUGGUGGCAGUGCUGGUGGUGAGAGGACCUUUGCUGGACAGCUGAGUGCCUUUGUUACUGCUGCUGCCGCCGCUGCUGCCAGUUCUGCUCUGCGCCUCUCUGGAGCUCAAAGGCAGGAGGAGAGGAUGGGAGGGGAGAGAGGGGAGGGGAGGAGGGGGAGGGGGGUAGAAGGCGAGAGUGAGAGAGAGGAGGGAGAGAGUGAGGGGAUGCCGCUUUUAAUUCGAGGAGUGGGGGUGGUCCCAUUGGAUGGUGCAGGAGGAGGGAGAAGUGGAGGAGAGAGAGGAGGGGAGGGGCAGCAGAGGAGGAGGAGUGGUGAGUGGAGCGAGCAUGCAGCAGGCUUGAAUCGCGGGGGAAGCGGAGUUCUGCUUAACGAGGUGCCUUAUAACGGGUCGGUGGAUCAGCCGUCGGGUAGCGGGAGCCGCCCGGGGAGCAGCAGAGGGCGGCGGGGAGGGGAGAGCGGGCGAGCAGUUAGCUCUAGGGUAGGGAGAGUGGGUCGAACGCUCUCCAUGCCGUCUCCCAAGCAGGGCGGGUUGGUUGAGGGGGGAGGGAGAGGGAGAGGAGGGGUGGUGGGAGGGGUGGGGGGGAGUGGGGAAGAGGAAGCAGUGGCUCCUGUGGUUCGAGUGAGUUUGGCUCAUGGGGAGUGUGUGGAGGUGAGGGGGAGUAGGGAAGGAGUGGGGAUGUUGGGAGUGCAGGAACGAGAGGGGGGGACAGGAGCAGAAGCAGAAGCAGCAGGAGCAGCAGGCAGAGAAGGAGGAGGGGGAGGAGGAGGAGCAGGAGAUGUAGGAGCAGCGGGAGCAACAGCGGCAGCUGCUGCUGCAGCUGCAGGUUUGCUGGUGGGUGGGGAGGAGACAGGAGUGAGAGGGGAGGAGGAGAUGGAGCGAGAAAUAGCGCGGCUCAGAGAGGUUGCCAGCCAGCACCUGCGCGAGAGGGAGAGGGAGAGAGAGAGGGUGCGGUGGCGAGGCGGGACGAUCUCCCGGGCGGUAUCGCUUGGACCGGAGUGGAGCAUGGGGGCAGUGAGUGGCGGCAUUCGGAUGAGAGCCGGGCUGGAAGGGCAGAUUGCAGGGAUUGAGGGGCAGAGUGUGGGAGUGGAGGGUUUGCCUGGUGUGGUGGACGGGCAGAUGAGAGGGUUUGAGGCGAGUGGGGGUGCAGUGGGGUGCGGAGCGGUGCCAGGCAGAGCAGAUGGGUUUCCACACUCUGUUGCUGAGGGUAGCAGUCGCCCACAUAGCUUGCUUGGGUCUGGUGGGUGGGGGAGCAGAGGGGAUUGUGAGGGGAGUGGGGGGUGGGCUGGGCGCUACGCUUGUGCUUUUGGCGCUACAGAAGCGGGCGUUACCUGCGCUGCCCAUCUCGAUUGGGUUGGGAGUUGUUUUCUACUUUCUGACCCGCCUGCUGCUUGA